CAAUACAUAUGCACAGACGAUGUGGUAGGGUUUAAAGAUUACGUGUCGUCACUGUCCAGAAAACUCGAUGCUCCGGUUGUAGAAGGCGGCAGCAAGCUUCCAGUAGGUCAACGUCAGCUGGACUGCGUGGCCAAGGUAGUGGAUGAAGCAACUGCCGCCGUGGACGCUCCUGUCGCAAGCAGAUACAGCAAUCUAUCAUCCUCAUGGUCUCCGCUACAAUCGGAGCCUUUAAUCGCGUGCUUCCACAUGACGAAGGCAGCAUCAUGGAGUUGGAUGCCACUGGCUCGGCGGACGCUCCAGUCAUUCGUCAGAUAGCUAAAGAAGCACAUCAACUGUUAGGCUGAAAUUGUUAGCUAACAUGGGCAAGGACGGGAUGUUUCUGUAGGAUUAGGAUGCACAUCCGCAGCUCUAAUUAUGCAAUACAACAAUGCCCGAUAAUAUAGAAACGAUUCAAAGGAAACAGCUAUAGUGUGAAUUGUCCAGUAAUUGGAUUGGUAUAUACAAAGGAGCACAUCUUACAGCUUUCAUUGAAAAUCAAACCACGGGAGAGUAGAGCACGCGGUGGCCAUUCCCGCGCUCCGUUCAUCCACCGACAGCAUGCUGAAGCGAUUGACCAAGGCGAGCGUCCUCCUGUGCGGUGCGCUACGACAUGGACAAUUCAUCCAUCAACAUGGUAUUCGCACAUUCCACUCUACAAUAGCAAGCAAGAUCAAGGUUGACCGCAAGGACACUCACAUUGAAAUUCAGUGGGGUCCUUCGGCCUCACCCUCGUGUAGUAAAUUUAACUAUUCUUGGUUAAGAGAUAACUGUCAAUGCCCACUGUGCGUCCACCCUUCAAAUCGUCAAAAAUUGCAUUCUUCCGGGGAUGUUGCCCUUUCCAUUAAGCCCGAGUCUAUCUCGAUAGUCGAAGGUGGGAAUGGUCCGCACCUUGAAAUCAAGUGGCCAAGCGGAAGUCUCCGCCCCCAUGCAAAUCACAGAUCUCGUUCUGAAGCCCACACAAGUGUAGUGGAUGUUGCUUGGCUUCAGAAGCAAGAUUAUUCCCCUCAGGCGGUCCGCCAACGACGCAACGCACUCUUCAAACCUGUAUACUGGGAUGGCGAUAUGUAUGAUCAGAGGAAGCGCUCGGUGGACUAUCAACAUUUUAUCUCUUCUAAUGACGGACUCCGGAAAGCUUUGGAGGAACUUCGGGAUUACGGAUUAUGCUUUAUUCGGAAUGCCCCGACGAAGGAUAAGGAGGUGGAGAAUAUCGGACGGAGGUUUGGGUGUAUUCGUGAGACAUUUUAUGGGACUUCCUGGGACGUGAAAAGUAUUCCAGAUGCCAAGAAUAUCGCAUACACAUCAUUGGAUUUAGGGCUUCACAUGGAUCUCAUGUACUUUGAAGCGCCGCCAGGUCUCCAGUUCCUUCACUGUCUCAAAAACUCGGUGACCGGCGGUGAAUCCAUCUUUCUUGAUUCCUUCAAAGCCGUUGAGAUUCUUAAGACAAUGCAUCCGGAGGACUAUAGCGUACUCACGCAGGUCCCGGUUACUUUUCAUUAUAUUAAUGACGGGCACCACAUGCAUUUCCGACGUCCCACGAUUGUCGAAGACGACUUAAACGAGCAAAGGAUGGUCUAUUAUGCCCCUCCUUUCCAAGGUCCGCUUGAAGCAGAAGAGCACUUGGUGGGACCUUUCUACAAAGCUUUUGCCAAGUUUGAGGAAAUACUGCGUGACCCAAAAUUGACGUACAGGAUGCUGCUGCAACCUGGAGAUUGCGUAAUUUUCGCAAAUAGAAGAGUACUGCACGGGCGCGCUGAGUUCGACGCUGCGUCAGGCGAUAGGCAUCUGAAAGGGGCAUAUGUGGAUUGGGAUGAUUUCAAGGACAAGCUGCGGGUUUUGGACGUACGGAAAUAACGCAUGGUGAAUAUAGAACACGUGUGAUAACUUAUAGGGCACUUCUUUACAACAUAACAAACAUGAACCCAUCACAAAAAACAAUUGUGUAGAAGCUCCUAUUUAUCAGCCGUAUGGGUAUCAUGUCUCAAUGCCAGCAGUCUGGUAUAUAACCCCAAAUGUCAAUUGAUAUACAUGCACGAAAAUUGACACUCUUUACACCGA